AUGCGUGGCGAUGAUUUCUCAAUCUCACAGCUGGCCGUUCCAGCGGUCAGUGUGCUGAUCGGCUUCCUCGCCUACACAUCCCAGUACUUCUUUUGGCGGUUUGAGUCGGCACCACUCCAAAAUGACGAAAUUUGGAAAAUCAACAUCUUCGCUUCGUGUAUCUGGAUUUGCUACUACAGGGCAUGCUAUGUAAAUCCUGGUCGGUUGCCUCUGGAGAAAAAAUCAGCAAAUGCCGAUCAGAAGGAGAAAGACCAGGCUACGGGUCGGCAGCGAUGGUGCCGCAGAUCACAUCUUCUCAUUUUGUUCGUUAUCAACAGCUUUACCGUUUUUGCCCUCUUCAUUCUCCUUGUCCGAAGUCUAUACUCGCUUGCCUUCAAUAUGACAUUUAUUGAGUCUUGGGAGAUUGAGCGACACGAGACUCUCGUCCGGCGAGCCCACGUCCUGGGUGGACAUCUUGAUGGACCGGGUGGGAUCAAGGUCCGAAUCAACAAACAUGAGUUUCCUUAUGAUAUUGGAAUUUGGGCCAACAUCAGAGAGGGAAUGGGAGGAAGUGCAAAUAUCUUGAGCUGGUUCUGGCCACUGGCUGCCAGCCCCGACCGUAGCACUGGCUGGGAGUUUGAAACGAAUGGCUUUGAAGAUCCUGGAUCUUCGUGGCCCCCACCCGACCCUGAUCGUAUUCCUUGGCCAGUGAAUCGAACUGACCCUCAUGACGGGCCUCUUCAGGCGUAUUCAUCCGCCCGAGACACCGUUGAAGCAUUCAAACGCCGUCAAGAAAAUGAUAUCGAUCGUCGCAGACCGUUUUCCGACGUCCAACGACGCAAGCGAUUUCACGAUCGCAUUCAACAAGAUAAUUACGAGAGUGAUGAAGGUCGGGGACCUGGACCCGUGUAUGGCGAUGAUUCUGACGAAGGCGAGGAGUCCUGGCGAAAUGCUGAAGGGGAGCGCCUUGGCGACUUUGGCGUCGACGAAGACGUGGAGUUCUACGACGACGAUAUUCCUUUGGCUGUUCUCAUGCAGCGGCGAAAGCAGCAACAGUGA